AUGAAGGCGUGCUCUAUCCUUGAUGAAUAUCGGCAGCGCCAAGAUCGGGAAGAGGUAGUUGCUGGUGUACAGUCCGAAGGAAGAUGGAAGCGGCCAAUAGAGGGGAGGAUCAAAGUUAAUACGGAUGCUGGUUCGUUUACAGAUGGCGGAGGAUUAGGCGUGGUCAUCAGGGAUCAUGCGGGACGCUUCCUGUUGGCUGCUGCGAAGAAAAUUAGAGGAGUUCCCAACCCGGAAUUAAAUGAAGCCUUGGCGGCUGAAUUGGGGUUACAACUGGUAAUACAACACAGGCUGGGAGUGCCGAUCCUUGAGCUGGAUUGCUUAACAGUGGUUAAGUCCAUAAGAGAAGCAGAAACGAUACAUACGGAGCUGGGGACGAUCUGCCAAAGUAUAAGACGACUGUUGGAUUCGAUCCCGGGUGGAAGCAUUGAGCAUGUUAGCCGGAAGGCGAAUGAAGCUGCGCAUAUUAUGGCCCAUUCAGAGACAAGAUGGAAUAUGGCGGAGGUUUGGUUUGAUCGCCCGCCCAUUUUUCUAGUUGAUCAACUGAGACUUGAUGAUGUAGUUAUGCCCAUAAAUCAAUAA